AAUUCAAACUUUAUUAUCUCUAGAAUGGAGUCAAAGAGACGAGAGCUGAAGCAAGGGAUGCGGUUUUUAAUAUUUGACCUGCCUCUCUUUUGAUAUUUUGAUUUCCAAAUCAUCCACCUUGGCAAGAUGGGUGAUUUGGUGGAGUAUCAAGUGAUAUUUUGAAAUAUCAUGGAUACUUCAAGCUUGUAUCAUGGGUGAAAUAUCACCCAAAAAGGCCAUGGUUGAAACCCCCUAUUCUUCUAACUGUCAAGUUACAUUAUGACCCACUCUUGGCAACGUCUCUCAUUGCUUCUAUCUGAAAUUAGGUCACAUGUAACAGACCUAAUUAACAUUAAAUGUUUUGUAAUCUCAAACCCAGAGUCUAAGGAAUUAGCGUCCAAAAGCAGUGAGAAUUUGCUCUAUGACAUAUCAGAGUGCAAUGUGAGAUUUGUCAAGGUGCAAUGAGAUUUGAAGAAGUCAUGUGGAGCUCGAAUGUUCACACAUGGUGGCCUGUGUUGUUGCCGGGCUAGCAGAAUUGGAGUUCAUCUCGAUUGAACAGAUCAUUAAAUAAAGCCCCAAUAGCAGAUUGUGCCGUCAGUAGUGGCAAGUUUGUGAGAGAUUGCAGGUUUUUUGUUCCGUUUUGUUUCGCUUGAGGCAUUGCCGUUUGUGGGUCUUCGGCUUGUAACUAAAUCCAUGCUGAGUAUUAAGUCCAGAAUAUUGAAAAGUGUAUGAGUUAGUGUUCUUUCUCCACCAUUUUCAGCUGCGGGUGGGAGUUGGCUCCGUCGUCCUUGCUCCCUUCUCACAAAUAGGGAACCCUCACUUGAGUUUUUCUUGACCCACAUCAUCAAUUCCUGGUUCUACGGCCGGAAAAGUUUCAGUUCCAUGAGUUGUUUUGGUCAUCAAACUCCAUGGAAUUGUUUCUGCAAGAGUUGAAGUAUCACAUGGGGGACAAUCCUUCCCUGUGGGUUGAGCAAAUGAAGCAUGUCCAGGAAGUAUACGGCUACAACGAUCGCGAAAUGAUCCUCCUAAUGGAAACGUUAAUCCCGAAGCCAAUUGCCGUAUGGAUGCUCAAAAUUGGCCCAAGCAACAUCGAAGAAGUGUUUGCAGUUUUUUUCCAGUUGCAUGAGUUGGGUGUUCAUACUGAGCAAGAUCUCAAGCUGGCUCUGCUUCAUACCUCUUGCAUAGGAAGCAACAACCUUAAGAAUGUUGUCGGGGGAGGGAAAUCGAAGGAGACAUCAUCGUCAGCCGAAGCAGAAGUGGAAGUCACUGUCACAGAUAACGAUGAGUUACAAAGGUUUCCAGAGUUUUCAUUCACAAUUAAUUGUGGAUUUGGUGACAUUUGCAUCAAUGACGUGCUCAAGCUUGACCAGAUGAACAUUUACACCAAAAUAUCCUCGAAGGGAAAAAUGGGAAAAGCUUGCAAACAGACGAUAGUUGGCCGUGUGGUGUACAAGUCUGAGGUUGGUGAGGCGACGCCUUCACGCAACGGGAUAGAUUUACUGUCAAGCUUUUCACGAUCUGAUGCAGAGGAAAUAAUCGGCAUGAGUUUCUGCCAGAACAAUAGGAUUCUCCGAAAAUGUUUGCUGACCUUUGCCGCUGCAUCUUGUGUGAUGUAGAUCCUAAUCUGUGGUAAAGUUCGAAAUGGUGCUAGCUUGAGGUGUACUGGAGCAGAGGAGUCAGACCAGUGCACACACAGAUUUUCGUCAUCGGUGAACAUAGCCUGGAGCUUCUGAAGCUGGUUCGCCAGGUUAGAGUUGAGAGAAUGCCCACAUCUUACAAAACAAUUUCGCCGUUUCUUCAAUUUACAUGACUAAAUCACAUCCUCUACCCAAAAAGUGCGCUAAGAAAUCAAUCGGAUCAUUAACUGCAGCGCUGGGGUAACGAGCAGAACCGAGUGAGAGAGAUGGAGAAGAAAUUGCCGAAGAAACUCGUAUCAGUUGGAUCAAAGUGGCGUACAGGGGUUGACAUUCAGAAAUUCUGCAGAAAAUCCGACCCCUGGGCGCUAUCAAGAAGAAACUUAGAGAAUCGUACAAAAUUCGUUUGAUAACCAUCAGAUAUCUUCCACAUGCUCUUCAAAGCUCGAUCCAUACAUAGUUCUCGAUUGCCGGUAGACCUAACUGUAGCUUACACUGCACGCAACGUAAGCAUCAUUGCAGACCCCUCAAGCCCUAGUUAGGGUUUCACAGCUCCCCAAACGCAACAAGACUUCAGCCGAAGAACACUCUACGAAUUUGUUAAGUUUGGAAAGAUAAAUCCUUGAGCAAGACGAGAACAGUUCAACGUAAUUGCUAGGAGAGGUCUGUGGACUAUUUCUCUCCCAGACGAGGUCUGAUCUGCAGUGUCCAAUCAGUAGAUGCUACCUUGCAAACACGUGGCUCCUUUAUCC